AUCCCUAUUAAAAUCACUCUCUUACUGUCUGUUUCUCUCUCUCACUCACUCAGUCUCUCUUACUCUCUGUCUUCCUGCUUUGUUCUACCCACCAUUUUCUCUCUCUAUAGUACUCAUGGCGAAGAUCAAGAUCGGAAUCAACGGUUUCGGAAGGAUCGGUCGUCUGGUUGCGAGAGUUGCUCUCCAGAGAGACGAUGUUGAACUCGUUGCUGUUAAUGAUCCCUUCAUCACCACUGAUUACAUGACAUACAUGUUCAAGUAUGACAGUGUCCAUGGCCAGUGGAAGCAUCAUGAUCUCAAGGUCAAGGACGACAAGACCCUUCUCUUUGGUGAGAAACCAGUUGCUGUUUUCGGAAUCAGGAAUCCUGAGGAAAUCCCAUGGGGUGAAACUGGAGCCGAGUUUGUUGUAGAGUCCACUGGAGUGUUCACUGACAAGGAAAAGGCUGCUGCCCACUUGAAGGGUGGAGCAAAGAAGGUGGUAAUUUCUGCCCCUAGCAAGGAUGCUCCCAUGUUUGUUGUUGGAGUUAAUGAGAAGGAAUACAAGCCUGAGCUCAACAUUGUAUCAAAUGCUAGUUGCACUACAAAUUGUCUUGCUCCUCUUGCCAAGGUCAUUAAUGAUAGGUUUGGCAUUGUUGAGGGUCUCAUGACCACUGUUCACUCCAUCACUGCUACUCAGAAGACUGUUGAUGGGCCAUCAAGCAAGGACUGGAGGGGUGGAAGAGCUGCUUCCUUCAACAUCAUUCCCAGCAGCACUGGAGCUGCCAAGGCUGUUGGGAAAGUGCUACCGUCACUGAAUGGUAAGUUGACUGGAAUGGCCUUCCGAGUUCCCACUGUGGACGUUUCUGUUGUUGACCUCACUGUAAGGCUAGAGAAGAAGGCAACCUAUGAGCAGAUCAAAGCUGCUAUCAAGGAGGAGUCAGAGGGAAAACUCAAGGGGAUUUUGGGCUACACCGAAGAUGAUGUGGUGUCCACAGACUUUAUUGGUGAUAGCAGGUCAAGCAUCUUUGAUGCCAAGGCUGGGAUUGCUUUGAACGAGAAUUUUGUGAAACUUGUCUCUUGGUAUGACAACGAAUGGGGUUACAGUUCACGAGUGAUUGACUUGAUUGUCCACAUUGCUUCUGUUUAAGGCUGAUGCUUGUCCAAUGAUAUCUGCAGGCGCCUUUUUUUAGUUAAUUAGGUUUUAUUGAGAGUUUAGAAUAAAUGAGACUGUCUAUCAUAUUGUAUGAUGAGACUAUCUGGGUGUGAUUUAAGUUGGUUAGUCAACUCCAUUUGGAUGUUUAGUAUGUGUCCUUUUUCCUUCUUGCAGAAAGGAAAAUUAACAUAACAGUUUCCACUAUUUCUAUGAUGAUUUUGGUACAAUAUAAGAAGUCAGAUGGUGUUUCUUGUAAUUAUUCACCAUUUUCUCUCUAGGCUUUCUUUUGUGUUUGUUUGAUGUGAUUAUGUAGAAGAAUGGGGAAUCAAUAGUAUGUAUUGCCUGAUCUCCAACCCAUCACAUUUAGGUGGGUAUUUUGGUCGGCAAAAUAUGUUGAGAUUAACCUUUUGUGUCAACUGUAUUCAAGUGAAAGUGAAGGUAGUGACCAAAUCAUAUUAGCGGGCUAGUAGAAAGAUGAGCGGGCUAGUAGAAAGAUGAGGGUGAGUCUUGGGGCAACUGCAAGGUCGCUUCAUUGUGAACUUGGAGAAGGUCACGGGAUAUGAAACACGAAAAUAACCUCUCAGCAUGAGCUUGCAGAGGCAAGGUCGUGGACAUUUAAUUUGCGGUGGACAUUUAACUCCCUCGAGACCUCACAAUGACAGGAUGUUCGUGCUUUGAAUGGUUAUUUCUUUGAAUUGUUGUAGCUGUAUGAUUGUCCAAUUUCAUGCAAUAAUCCAUUGCACAUGAAGAAACCAUUAAGAUGGGCUUCGUGCUGUCUCUAUCAAUAAU